AUGGGCAAAAAGGGCAAAGGAAAGGGCAAUAAGCUGGCCAAGAUGUCCGAGGAGGAACGGGCCAGAUAUUUGCAAAUGCGAGCAGAUGUGGAGGAGGAAACGCGACGUCGCAAAAUGCAGCUCAUAGCGCUCUACAUGAAGAACAAACUGAAGCGGGAGGAUGCUUUUUGUCGUUUGAACAUGGCCAAAAUCAAUCAGGAAUGGCGUAGUAUAUUGCGACAGGUGAAGAUACAGGAUCUGCGAAGAGAGAUCAUCGAUGUGGAGCUGUUCUUCAAGGAGGCAUUGAAGCGCAAGGAUCUGGUUAUACAGCGUCUAAUAGGCGACAUCUACUCCACGGAGGAUAUGUACGCCAAUCUACAGCAAUCGCAUAUGGAGAAUAUAGACAAGAUCAUAGACCUACACCGAAGUCGCAUUGAAUUCUUUAGACACAUCUACGAGGAUGAUAAAAGUGCAAUGCUCAAGGAAUGGAAUCAGGACUCGAGUUUCUUUAGCAGCAUGCAGACGGAGAAACAAUUGGAAUUGGAGUGUGUGUUCUACCAAGUGGAGGAGACUACAGAUAAGCAUGUCAAGGAUAAUCAUGAGCGUUAUCUCGAUCGUGUGGAGGAUCUCAAAAGUGGCAUGCAUUUGAAGCUGGAACAGAUUACGGGCCAGGGGGAAGCCAAGCUGGAGACACUGUGGGAGGAAUAUCAAUCAGUUUUGGCGGGUUAUGGCAAGCACAUUGAAGGCUUCUACUCGGAGUAUGUGGAUCUCAAACAGCGGGACGAAGAGAGUGCCCAACUAAUCAGUCAACAGAGCUAUGAGAUUGACCAUUUAAUUGAGCAGCUCUCCAAUCUCCGACUGCUCUCCGAAGAGCAGCAGAUCAAGCAACAGGCUCAGUUGGAGCACAGACAGAGCAUCAAGCAACAACUCACCGAUCGUUUCCGGGAACUUCGAACGUGCGUCGACCAGGAGCUCGAGAAUCAACACAAACUGUUCAAGCAAAUGUCCGUGGAGAGUCACGAAGUCAUUGAGACACUCAAGGGUAUACUCGCCAAGGGAGAGACUUUGUCGCAGCUGGCCAGAAUUUGCUCCAAGAUGGAGACACAACGAGAGAAGAUGUUUCUCUUGCCACAGCUGAGUCGAGAGAUAAUUGAGAUACGAGAACUGCAGUCGCCAACAGAGGAAGCUAUCACAGAUCCACUAAAGGAGGAAGUUGCCAGUCUGCCCCAGAUGGAAACAUUUUGGAGGCGUGUCAACAACGUGGCCGUCGAUGUGGCAUGUUUGAAGCAACAGAAACGCAAUCUGGAGGCGGCAAAUGCACAGUUAAAGUCGGAAGUGCAGGAUUAUUUGAUCAAUCUGAAUAUUAGUAAUGGCUCCAAUAGCCAUAUACAGAGUUAUCUAUCGAGGCGACCCAAGAGCAUGUCCGUGGAUCGAGUUACACAGCUGAGAUUGCAGCCGAAGCAGGUGAAGAGCGCAAUGGCAACGGCGGGGGGAAGGCGACCCUUGCCACGCCCAGCUGGCGAGUAUGUGCCCAGAUUUGAGGCAAGCAUCUCAAGUACAAUACGUUCUCGUAGUUUGUUACGAGGCAAGCCCCAGUUGGCCAAGAUUCAGAUACAAAAUUCGUUUGCAUAGUCGAAAUCUUUUUAAAAAAAA